AUGAACCUCGGGCCUCAGUAUUACUUGGGGACCCGAUCCGGGCCGGCGCCCGGGGAGGCCAUGACGUCAAUGGCGCGCCUAAUUCCCGCGAGCAGCCCGCCGCUACAGACACAUGCAAACGCGAGAUCGGACCCAAAGCCCUCCUGUGGGUCGACUCCCUCCGGAGGUACUCUCCGACGUAUUCGAUCUCGUACGUCGAGGUCAUCUCGACGGUAUGAAGGCGCACGACGGCGCCAUGCUCGUUCCACCAGACAAUCGCUCUCUCAUCGUUGUGACUCACGUGAGUCGCCAAUGGCGGGAGAUCGCACUCCAGUACACGACUCUUUGGACAGACAUAGUCAUAACCUCGCCUACUGCUGCAACGUUCUUGCGUCGCUCUCGUAGGCUCCCCCUCACCAUCUUCGUCACCGGCGAGAGGGAGGAAUUACCGCCCCUGGAGGAGUGGAGGUCGUACGACUUGCACGUACGGAUCAGAGGUCUAUACAUUGAGCUCGAAGACCAUUCCCGCAUUAAUUCCUGGCAGGCGGUCCUGCAGAUUCUAGCUGACUCACUGGAGGGCUUGACCAUCGUGAUCAAGAGGCCUCGACGCCGCCCGAUUUGGACCACAUCUCUUGCGCUGUCGCUCUUCGGCUCCAAGUGUCCUGCCUCGCUCAGAUCGCUGUCAAUCUCGAGUCGCAUGCCCAUAUUCCCCACAGACCAUUUCCCCGCCCUCCAACACGCCAGUCUAUCCGAGUUUGACUGCUUCCCUAUCAGACUCGAGUUGCUCGCACACUUCCUCCUCAACGCUCCCGCACUGCAAACGUUCCACCUCCACAUCCAUCCCACAUCCCGC